GAAAUCCAGCCUCCCCUCUGCCCAAUGUCUCCUGACCCACACACAUCAUGGGCUGCUAACAAACAUAAGGACAACUUAGGAUUUGAUUUGAUCUUUGGACUAGCCUAGCCUUGCAUUUCCCCCCUGGGCCCCACUCGGAAGCGUAGACAAUCAUUUUCGGCCACUUUAAGCGACAGGUGGCAUAUUUUUCGCUUCUUUGUGGGGGGCCCUGAAACAAACGCAGGUUUUCUUGGAACUAACAGGGUAAAUACAGAGAACCAGCGUGGUGCUUUCCGUCUGAAAAGUAUUCCGGAGAAGGGAAUUGACUCUUGAGCUUGUGUUUUCUGCUUAUUAGCGCAUGAGAGAUGGAAGUUCGAUCCUCCACCACCACGACAACCAUAGUUGAGAGCAAGAACGAUGCGAGCGCUCAGCCCGAACGCACGUCCAAGCGCACCAUGACCGAUGACCUCUACAGCACGUUCAGCUCUCCCAUGGCCUGGAUAUUGGUGCUGGCUCUCGUCAUCACCUGGUCGGCCGUGGCCGUCAUCAUGUUUGACCUGUUGGAUGCCAAGGGCCUUGAAGCCCAUACAUUAUACUGUGACGACCCCUGUUUACCACCUGGGCCACAGCCACAUCGUGUCAGGAAAACAUUAAAGGAGGCAGGCGGCCUUAGAGGGGGUAUCAGCCAUGAUCCCAUGAAGGCGGUGAGCGACGCCAUGGAGGACUCUGCUGAUUGGAUAACCUCAAUCUUGACUUUUGUGACUAAUUUAGUAGCACCAGAAGAUGAGGAGCAUGAAGCUGAGCUUCAUUCAGUGAGGAAAAAAGGAGAAUUUCUGCCACCGAGGAAGAAAGUUGCAGAAAUACGAGCCAAAAAGAUCAUAGAGGAGGAAGAGGAGGAUGAGGAAGAGGAAGAAGAGGUGGCUAUUCAUGCAAAGGAGGAGACUGAUGAGGAGGAAGAGGAGGAAGGAGUUGAAGAAGAUGAGGAAGAAGAGGAGGAGGACGAUGAGGAAGAAGAGGACGAGGAGGAGGGUCUGGAAGAGGAUGAGGAAGAGGAGGAGGAGGAGGAAUCUGCUGAGGAUGCUGAAGAAGAGGAAGAUGAGGAGGACGAGGAAGAAGAGGACGAGGAGGAGGGUCUGGAAGAGGAGGAAGAGGAGGAAUCUUCUGAGGUUGCUGAAGAAAAGGAAGAAGAGGGUCUGGAAAAGGAGGAGGAAGAGGAGGAAUCUUCUGAGGUUGCUGAAGAAAAGGAAGAAGAGGAAUCUGCUAAGGUUGCUGAAGAAAAGGAUGGCGAGGAAGAGGAAGAAGCUGAUGCAGAGGAGGAAAAGUCAGAUGAGGAAGAAGAGGCUGCAGCUCCAGAAGAACCGGUUGCGUUUGAUGCUGAUGAGAAGGUUUCUACGACAACUGCUGAUGCUGAUGAAUCACCAGACACUGAUGAGGAUGAUAAGGAAGAUGAAGAAAGCAAAGAAGAUGAAACUAAAGAAGACGAUGACGACGAAACACCUGUUGAAGCUGAUGUCUCAGCCCCUAAAGCAGCUGGGGAAGAAGACAAAGAUGACGAAGACAAAGAAGUCCCUGCUGAUGCCGAGGAGAAAACUGAAGAAAGCUCUGACGUCUCUAAGGACACAGAUGUUCAGGACAAAUUAGAUACAAAAGAAAAAGAAGACAAGCUCGAUGAUGGACAACCAGAAGAGCAAGAGUUUACAGACCAGGCUCCUAUUACAGACGAUGAAGAUACUGACCAAACAGAUGACCAAACUGAGGAUAAAGCGUUUAAUGCCGAUGACAGUGUUGAUAUCAGUAUUGUGCUCGAUGCUGAUGCUAUAGUCACUGAUGUUGAAGCACAAGAAACCGAUUUAAAAAUGGAAAAGGAAACUGUAGAAAGCGAAGAGGGUGCCAAGGAAGAGGACAAAGAAAAAGCACUUGAACCGGAACUGGCCCCUAAAGCGGUCGAUGAGGAACUGAAGGCAGAAGAGGAGGCUGAGAGACCUGUGAAAACAACAGAAGACAAGGAAGAAGAACAAAAAGAGCCCUUCGUCUGUCCUUGUAUGCAUUCAGAAAUACGACAACAGCCACAAAAAGCCACAGACAUUAAAUCAAAAGAAGAAAAAGAUGAACCCCAGAAAGUGAAGAAAAGAGCUAAAAGAGUCACCCUUGAGCGCAAGAAACCUGAGGUCAAGAGAAGGGAGCCUUUGCUGAAACAGAGAAAAGAAAAAGAAUCUCCAGUCAGAACAAGACUAGAGAAAGCAAGGAAAGCACCAAGAGCUAAGACAAUAAACAUACCCAGAAAAAGAGUAACGGCGCCCAGAGUCUCAAAGGAUGUCGACGUGUCAGCCGCACCAGUGCCCAUGCAAGACCUUCCCAUGUGCCGACCAACACCUGUGUACUGUCCAGCGCCCCCUGGCUGGUAUGUGCAUCAUAUAGUUACAAGUAGUCCAUUACCACCAUCGGCUAUUCCAGAAUCCGAAGUUCCUGUUUUGACAAUCCAUCAAGCUCCUACUAUAUUGAAAGAACCUGAAGCUGCAAAGACAAAGCCUAAAGAAACAAAAAAGAAAGAACCGGCUGCACCGAAAGAAAAAGAAAAGGCCAAAAUAAGUCCUGCAAAGAAGGAGACCACAGUUACCAAAGACAAAGUAAAACCUUCACCUGCUAAGAAAGAGCCAACAGCUGGGCAACAGAAGGCUAAAAGGACAGAGAAGGUGGUCAUUAGAGAAAAAACAAAACCUACACCUGGGAAGAAAGAGCCAGCAGCAACAAAAACAAAGGCCACAAAAGUAACAACAACCAAACACAAGGAAGAGAGAGCUGUGAAGGAAGUAAAGCCGGCUGUAGAGGUCAAGAAGAAGGCCGCGUCAACACCCAAAACCAAGCAAGCCAUUAAAACACCAGUUGUGGAAACACCUGUACCAGCUGAAGAGAAAACCACUGAAGAAACCCAAGAGAAACCAGCCGAGGAACAGACUCCAGCAAAAGAGCUAAAAGCUGAAGAAAAUGUAACAGAAGGUAAAAAGCCAGGCAAGAUUCCGUACUUCCAGUGUGUUUUAAUGAGUUCAAAAUCCAGCCAAUAUCCACUGCGGCCCAUGUCCUCCGCUAUGAGUCCAGCCAUUAAUCCCAGUGUGAUGAGAGCCAUGAUGGAGCAGAGGGCAGCGUUACUGCAGCAGAAAGCCCGCGGAGCCGGACAGUAACCGGACCCUGCGUCCAUGGGUUCUGUUCAGCCGUGCCAGGUGCAACCUGCUUAUGAACUGCUGUACAAACACAGUGCUGCUGAGAGCUUUCCAUCUGAAUCACUGAGAGUUUAGACUUUCAUUGUUAGAGGGCAUCCGGUCUUUAUCUUUCUCUGACUGGAGGUCUCUAUAAUCGUUCAAUGGAAACUCUCACUCCUUUAUUAAGUGGCUUAUCACAGUUUCACGAUUUUGACAAAUAUGUAUCAAAGAAUAUGCAAAUACAUUAACUAUAAUGUACAUUUUCAAUUAUUGUCACAAAUGUCUGUCAGAUUUUGUUGUUUAUUUAUUUGAGAUCUUAAAUCAUCUGUUUACAUUUGUUGCAGGGAAGAAUCUGCUGUUUUUCUUAUUGUAGAGUAAGCGCACUCAGCAGUGAACACAUUUCGAACAGGUUAAACAAUGAAGUGUUGCUUUAAACAUGCAGAUAUUUAUUUUUCUAUGACAGUACAUGAUGUCUUUAGGAAAAAAGACAUCUAGCAACACACAAUCACUAAGAGCUUUAUCUCUUGGCGUAGGCCAUUUCCUUUGACUCAUGAUAAUAAGAUUAUAUGUACAGUAGUAUGUCUGGAUUAUGUCAGGGUCUGCAUUUGUAUGCAUGGACGGUAUUUAGACUGAGCCCGAAUUUUGUUUAUAGAAUUAAAGGAGACAUUAAAGGGAUACUCCACCCAAAAAGGGAAAUCUGUCAUCAUUGAGUGCGUUUACAUGCACAGUCUAACUCCGAUUAUGCUUAAUAAGAUGAUAACGUGAUAGUUUUUUGCCCAUUACUCCGGUUUCAUAAAAGUCCGCUCUCGAAUCAUGCAGUUGAUGUAGAAACGUCAAAACGAAAAACUAUUGUUGCAUUUCUGGUUCUGCGGACAAUAAGAUGAUGUACUGUAUAAAAAUACAACUUCUGACUGUUUUCCUGCUGUAUUUUUAAUUACUAAACAGACUAUCGAUGGUGACGUCACUGCACGCGAGAAACCCGGCAAGUCUCAAACUUCCAUAUAAACGCGGUUUUCUGCGUAGCCGGUUUAUUGCUUUGCAUGUAAAACAGGUUUCUUUUAUAAACCUAUUUUUGAUGGAUAUCCGUUUAUAUUAUGCAUGUAAACGCACUCACUUACUCACCCUUAAGUUGUUCUAAACGUAUACAUUUCUUUGUUCUGAUUAACACAAAGAAAGAAAUUUGGAAAAAUGUUAGCAACUGACAUUUCUGGGACAUCAUUGACUACCACACUAGGAAAAAUUAUUGUAUCAUUUUUUUGUUCUUUGAGAUAUUUUAGAGAAUCUAGAAAAACAAACAGUUCUAGGGCACCUUUCAUUAUCAUUUUUCCUGAGUAAAUGAUGACAGAAUUUUUAUUUUUGGGUAAAAUAUCCCUUUAAGAAAUUAUAGCAUACAUCAUCGGAAGAAUGAAAACCUAUCAUUUUACUUGACUGAGAGCUCUGCAUCUCUUUAAUUAAAUUACUGUUUUUAGGCUUAAUUUAUUGGAAAUGUUUGUGAAUUUAAUGGUAAAAUUGUUUUCAAAGCAAUCACGGUACUACUUGUCUUAUGCAGUAUAAAUGUCCAAAAUUCCAAUAUUUAUCUGGGUUUCCCAAUUAUCCUAGUCAUCUAACAAUGUAUGGCUCUACUAUAAACAGUAGUUUAAUAUUUGAUUUUACUAUGACCAACAGUGCUUUUGAAGAUGGUUAUCUAUGUUACUGUUUUGUCUAUUCUCAGAUGCAAAAGUAACACAUAUACAGUCUUGUGUUCCUGUUACAUUUUGCUCUGUUCUGCAAAUAUGACAAAUGACGAAGAUAACCUGAAAUACAUUUUCUCUACCAGUUUAAGUCUAACUGUAAUCACUAGACGUUAAAUUUGACGUUGAAUGUAUUCUCAUCAUCCACUUCAGUGGACAAAAUGUCGAGAUAGCCGUUUACAGUGCUGCUGUACAUGUGGUCGUAGAAAGACUAACGUGUUUGCACCAGAAGGCUGUUUCUGUUUAACCGGGACACAGUGAGACGGUUGUAUCCGUCUGACUUUGAACAGGGAAGUAGGCCACAGAAAUAUUUUCUCUUUGAAGUUACAACAUGCAGCUUGCAGAAAAAAUGUCUUCUGUACUGUGGCUAUUCCUGAAAUACUGACGAACAACAUGAUGACGCUCUGAAAAGACAUUUUGUCUAUGUCUUUAUCUUAUAAUAAAUACGGUCUUACUGUAUUGAGAGACAGCUUACAGUAUGUUUACAAAGCGGAUCGUAAUUGUUAGCUUGUUUAAGUGCAAAAUUUGUUAUUAAAAGUAGAGAGCUCCACAGAUUUACAACGUCCACAUCUAUAAUGCUAAAAACUUUAUUUUCAGAGGUUAUACACUUGAAUUCUUUUUUGUUUCUACAGUUUUUAAUGUGUUUGGUAUUUGCAUGACCCCCUUGGUAUGUUAGUAUGUGACAUCUCUGGUUUCUGAUGUGCUCAAUGAUCUUGUUACACUGAAUUUGAAUUGGAUUCGCAGUUUGAAGCAUCUGUGUUCCAAGUGUCAAAUUCUGUCAAUUGUUCUAAUGUAUGUUGAAUAAGAGCUGUCAGUAAAACCAAAGUCAAAUCUGUCAUUAUUUCUUCCAUUCACAUCUUGUUGGAUUUAUCCGGGAGUGGGCAGAAUUCUGGUACAAUAAAGUAAUUGCUUUAUGCAAAUGUUUCAAAAAGCUGUUUUCAUGCAAAUAUUCUGUGACAGAGAACAAGCGAGCAGUAUGUCAGGAUUAAUGUGCUGAAGUAAUUAUAAAUAAAAUACAAAGUGUACAAAUCUCCUGUCUUGUUAUAGUUGUCAUCCGAAAGUUUGACUCAUCUUUCUACAAAAUGACAAUGAGAUCAUUUUGUUCAUAAUUUUAGAUGGCUCUGACAUGAAACUGCACG